AUGGCUCAAACCAUACUGCUCAUGUCUGGUGUUUCUACGAGGCAAGUGGUGGAUUGGAAGAGAGAUCCUAUGCUUCAAUUUCAACUUCAAAGACUAAGGCCUACACCAUUCUCUCAUCUCCUCUUCAGUCCACUUUCUAGGAAAGCUUCUUCUUCCAAUUCUUUUACUACACUUGCUAUCUUCAAACCCAAAACCAAGGCAGCUCCUAAGAAGGCUGUUCCAAGACCGAAGGAAAAAGUUGAAGAUGGUAUUUUUGGUACCUCUGGUGGGAUCGGUUUCACUAAGCAGAAUGAGCUCUUCGUGGGACGAGUUGCCAUGAUUGGCUUUGCUGCAUCCUUAUUGGGUGAGGCAAUAACAGGAAAAGGAAUUCUAGCUCAGUUGAAUCUAGAGACUGGAAUUCCCAUUUACGAAGCUGAACCACUUCUUCUUUUCUUCAUCCUUUUCACCUUGCUCGGAGCCAUUGGAGCUUUGGGUGAUCGUGGCCAAUUCGUUGAUGACCCGCCAACUGGCAUUGAAGGAGCUGUGAUCCCCCCAGGAAAAAGCCUCAGGGCAGCAUUGGGCCUUAAGGAGGGAGGUCCUCUAUUUGGAUUUACAAAAUCCAACGAACUCUUUGUGGGGAGAUUGGCUCAGCUGGGUAUUGCUUUCUCUUUGAUUGGAGAAAUCAUAACAGGAAAGGGAGCUCUAGCACAACUCAACAUCGAGACUGGGAUCCCAAUAAAUGAAAUCGAACCACUUGUAUUAUUCAACGUUAUCUUCUUCUUUAUUGCCGCAUUGAAUCCUGGGACUGGCAAAUUUGUGACCGACGAGGAGGAAGAGUAG